AUGAAUAACGCAAACACCUAUUCUCCACUGUACAGCUCAUAUGAAAACAUUAACAUAUACAAACAGAACAAGCAACUGGGGGAUGAAGAUUAUGACACUUCUACGGCCAACAUAUCAUGCGAUUCCAGGGGAAGAAUACUGAUAAAAGAUAUCGAAAAUGAUAAUAAAAACAUUCGAACAAAGAGCAACGGAAUGGCCAACACAACACAUGGUGUGAAAAGUACGAACAAACAUGAAAAGCGAGAAGUCAUUCCUGCUGUCCAUGUGAGGAAGAAAUCUCCAUUUAUUGUCACAAAUAACCAAUAUGGAAAAAAUUCAAUUAAUGAUAAUAGCAUACCAACGAAGAAAUUUUUGCAUCCUAUUUCCGGACUGCGAUAUGGAAAUGUUAUCAGGUCCAAGGACAGCAACAGCAUGAACGAUAUCCACCAUGCUUACAGAAAGGAGGGCACCUUGAACAGCAACGUCAAUUGUAGUGGCAUUUACUCCGCCAACUACCCUGCGAACUACAUCACCAGCACGCGUGCACAGGGUGACUCCUCUUCGAUCGGACCGCAUAACAUGCCCAAUUAUAACCCCCAAAGUAUAGCGAACAACUUUUCCUCCUACCAAAUGCACGAUGCGAAAGAAAACAAAAAUAUAUUUAAUCAGUUUAACAAAAAUAUAUACGAGCACUAUAGCAGAAUAGUUCUAGAUGAGUACAACAGACAGGUGCAAAAUCACCGUAACGUAAAGUACCCAAAUGGGAAAUUUUCAUCAUAUGAUAAUAACUACCACCCAGCUAGCCACAGCCACAGCCAUAACCAUAACUAUAACCAUGCUUUUUUUUCGAAUGCACGCGAACCAAUUAACUUUUACAGCAAUAAUAAUAUUAAGCUGAAAAGCUAUGUACCGUAUGGUAACAGGGACUUACAAAAUGGCAGUCACAUACAUAACGGUUCAUUCAUUUUAAGUAGCGACGCACAGAAGUAUGCCACCCUACAUAUGUUAAAUCCGACACAGAACACAAAAGAUGCGUCCAGAAAAAACGUUUUUAAAAUUUUUAACCGAAAAAAAGAACCAAAUAAGAAUUUAACUCCUUCCGUUAAUUCGUAUGACCAUCUGCCAAAUGUCCAAAAAGGACAAAGAAGAAGUUCAUCAUCCAUAAACAAAACAAACUUAAGCUCCACUUCCUUCAGAAGAAAAAUAAACAACCAGGAAACGUCAAAUUGGAAAAGAGAACCAAAUAAUAACACCCUCAAUAAAAUUUACAAUUUUAUUUUUCCAUCCAGUGCUAAUAAGUCACAAAAUAGUUUUGAUUCCAAAUGUGAAGGAAAUAAAUUUGCCACCUCUCCAAGGGAUUCCUCUCUUAAUGAACCCUACCCUAGAUGCAGUAAUGCUUAUCUAAUGCAUAGUAACUCUAAUCAAAAUAGAGCGUUCAAUAUGGCAGGAUAUAAUCUACCAGGUGUACAUAACGAUAAUGGCAUUCACGAUUAUAGCAAAUGGAACUACAGUAGUAGCAGUGCCAAUGCCCUCCCGAACAUCAGUUUUGCUUCCGCCAAGAAUUCAGAUCAUUUAAAGUACACCUCUCCUGCAUUUAUCUCAAGGAGCGGGAACGAAAUAGUGUCCCUACGUCGAGAUGAUCAGUUUGCUAAAAUAUAUUCUGCGCACAAGGGAGGAGUUCCCAAUGGAAGUCCGCGAAUCAGUGUCGUUUCGCAAAAGAAUGCGCAUCAGGACGACCGGCACAAGUACCACGAAAAGAUUGUCACCAAUAUUUAUCAGUUUACGGGUGGACUUGCGCACAAAGGGGGCAAUCAUAAAAAUGGGGAGGGUCCAAAGAGGGCUCCACAAAGUGGCACGAAUAGUGGCGCAAAUAGUGGCGCAAAUAAUGGCGCAAAUAGUGGCGCAAAUAAUGGCGCAAAUAGUGGCGCUAAUAAUGGCGCUAAUAAUGGCGCUAAUAAUGGAGCCAAUAACUGCACUAGUAACUGCACUAAUAAUGAUCCGCAAGGAAAAGCCCAAAAAAAGGCAACCUCGCCAGAAUGCCCGCCCAUCCAGGCCCCCCAUGUCGGCCACGCCCUCCAUUUUGACCCAUCCAAGGACAGUGCAAAAAGCGGAGACCCCACAAAUAUGCCCCUCGUCAGUAAGCAACACCAGUGGGAAAAAAAUAGUGCAGUCGAAUUAGCCCAAAAUAAGAACACAAUAAAUGAACAAAAACAGCUUCGUUCAACGAAGGCCAUCCACCCAAACAGUCACUCGAACAUGCCAAUUGUAAAAAACGAACCUCUCAAAGGAGAAUCGAUAAUGAGAACCGAUAACACUGUGCCGCACGCCACCAGUGAUACCACCGAAAAAGUAAACCAAGUGUUCAAGGAACAGAUGAACAAUGUAUACAGAAAGUCUAUCGCGACAGACAACAACUCCAUAAAAAUUGUAAGUGACCAUGACAGGAAUAGCAGCAAGCAAAAUAUAUACAACUACAGCACAGUCAUACAAAACAACUUUAUUAACAGCUCAGACAAAAUGUCCAAAAUUUUAGUAGGAAUAAAAAAUGAAAAUGGAACUCAAAACAAAAAUGAUACCAACCUAGAGUUUAUGAAUGUGAAUAAGUACAUAAAUAACAUAUUCAGAACAAGCAACAAUAAUUAUGACCAUACAGGUAAUAAAGAAGGUGUACUUAUUGGUCAGUACGGACAGGGCAACAACAUCUCAAAAAGAAAUCCUUUCGACGAAAUGGACAUUAGAGAGAAUACCAAAUUGGGGAUGUCAAACCAGGAUGCCUUUAAAACGUAUCAAAAUUUCAACCCUAGUGACGACCACCUAAUGAACAACGCACAUCGCUUACGUGAACUUGAAAAAAAACAUGGAGUUAUAAGUAGCCCCAACUUAUGCGCAAAUGGUAACACCAGUGGUAUUAACGAAAACGCGAAGCAUUUAAUGAGGCAAUGCAUUUUGAAUAAAUUUCUCUAUGAACAGAAAAAACAAGAAAACCAAACGAAUGGUAGGAAGAACAGCAUUCCCAGCACGAUGCACCAUUUUAUGUACAAGAAUGAAAAGGGAUUCGAAUCUCUCCCAUUGUCAAACGAUAAAGAAAACCCAAUUGUUAAACUUCUAAACAGGGGUAACCGAGAAGGGCCAAACAUCGAGGGUAAGAUAAAUCUAAUUGAUGGCAACGCACACAUCGUUAGUAUGCUGAAAAAAAUGCAAAAUGUAAGAAGUGAGGAUGACUUGGCAGAUAGCGUUAUAGGUAACCUGGGGCACUUAAAACUUGCCCACCUUUCCAGCUUAACCAAAAACGAAAUUAAUAAAAUUGUCGUGGGUAAUACCAAUGAGAAUCAUAAUCAUAAUCAGUACAUAAAGUCCAUCGCCUCCAUGGAUGACAAAGCGCAUGCGCCUCUAAAUGUUAAAGAGAACUAUCACGAAACCGCUUCCAUGAAGAGGCAUGCCAAUCGGGGGGAACAUAACAAGGACGGAACCGAACAUGCUGACCCCCAAAGUGCAGACGCACAUAACAUAUCACUAAAAAAGGAAAAAAAAAAAACAGGUAAAAAAAAAAGUCCAAAAAUUGUGCAUUACGAUAUUGAUCAAAUAUUGCAGCUAAAGUCGAAGGUCUACGAAGAAUUAAACACCUGCCUAAAAUGCAUUAACAGUUUAACCAAAAAUAAAAAAUUAUUUGAGCAAUUAAAAAAGUAUAAGAAUAAGCUCGAUAAGAAGGCCCAAAUGGGGGAUGGCACCUCUGAGCGAAGUCGCUCAGACCAAGCGGAAUCCUACUAUACGAUGAAAAAUUCGUACCUCUCGUCCUUCCUCUGCAAUGAGAACACAAGCGCUGACGCGCAGGGGGUUCAAAAUGGCGCCGGCGUUCCUAGUGGGGGCUGCUUAACCAGUGGUGACUAUGUGCCCAACGCGAAGAACCCACCCAAGCUGCAGCUAGACAAGGACAUUUCAAACGACACAAGCAACAACGCCACAGUUACCGCUCCCCCCAGUGAUGAAAAGAGCGAACUGAUAAAAAAGAUCAACCGAACCAGUUUUGCUGGCCUUCCCCUCGGAGAUGACAACAGUAAAAAUUUCACAACAAAUAAGGCAUACCCGAAUCAGUUCCAAGAUAAACAAAUCCGGGUGAAUGACCCUGGAAGGAAAAAGGAUAACGUGCAUUUCAAUUUAUGCGAUAAAAACGUAUUCGAAAAGGAAGAAGAAGAAAAAAAAAAUUCCUACGUGAAGAACGGAGAAAGCAGAUAUUCACUGUACGAGGAAGAAUCCCCCAACGUGGGGAAGAGGAAGGCUCUCCUCGUUACACUAAAUUAUAAUGGUCUGCUUGAAGGAUGUGUAAAUGACACGUUAGAAAUGUGCGAACAUUUAGUAGGGACGUUCAAAUUCAAUGAAUUGAUACUCCUAAAUGAUUGCAACCUUUGCUAUCGAAAUUUCGUCGCACAAAAGGCUAACAAAAGCAACAUCAUCAAUAACCUCUACGAAUUUGUUGUCAAUUCAAACAAUGGAGACAUAUUAUUUUUUUAUUUCUGUGGAUAUUCUAUCAAAAUAAUUGAUUCAAAAUUCUCACAGAACAAUAACUUUGCGUUAUUGCCAGAGGAUCACUCGAAAAAUAAUUUCAUCUAUUCAAAUGAAGUAUUUAAUAUAAUUAAAAAGUUACAGGGAGGGAAACAACUGUGCAUAGUUUUUGACACCACAUAUACUUCCUAUUUUGUCCCCACCUGCACCACUAUCACUUAUAAUAAAAGCAUUAACUCCAGUGAAAUUUCCAAAAAUGCUCAUUUAGUGAACUCGAAUAAGAAGCACGUCUAUUCACUGAGAACCUUUGGCAAGAUAAGAGAUCGACAUGUUGAACCCAUUUACGUCGAAAAUUUGAGGAUGCCCCUGUCCCACGAUUUGUAUAAACAGGAGGAGGAGAGGAAGCAAAAUGCAAAGGAUGUCCUCGUCCCCUCCAUCUUUUUCUUCUCUCCUGAUGUGAGGGACCGGGGAGACUUUGAGCUCCUCAUCAGAAAUAGGGUUAGAGGUAGGUGAAUGUACACGCGUGUGAGCAUAGGCCUCCUAACCUACUGCAUCGGAAAGGCAAUCGUCGUGUUGAAAAAAGAUUUCUCCUACCACGACCUGUUCAUCGUCGCGUCCCAAGUGCUAGUCAACAUCAAGAAGGAGUACAAAUUGAAAUACAUAAAAUUUAAGUUGUCCUUCCUGAAUGAUCACUCGCCGGAUGAUAUAAAAUUCUUAUCGCACGAAAGUCUGCUUCUUAGAAAAAAAGGAAAGCCAGAAGAAGAGCCACUCUGGAAACCCUCCUUACGAUUAAACAACCUAAAUGAAUACAUGAAGGAUAUUUGCAAAAUCAAGGAGAAAAAAGCUCAGGCCAGUUUUCCCAAAAAGUGCUUGCUCAUCUUCAUAAAAGAUAUAAAAUUCUGCGACCACGUCAAGGUGGACUCCUCCAUUGAGUACUUCGUGAGUUGCUUUGUCAAAGCCAAGGGUCUGAACAUUCUGUACGUCAGGCGAAACAACACCAAGUGCCAGAAAAUCGUCAGGGACAAAAUUUUCUUCCUGGAGUACAUUAUCCUGAAUGUGUCCGACCUGGACAAUACCAAAAUUUACGUGGAACUGUUCAAAAAGAAGAAGAAAAACUAUUUUUUCGCCAGGAGCGUGUUACGGAUAAGCAACACGAACGGAAAUUUCUCCCUAAUGGAUGAAAAGAAAAACAUAAUCGGUAUCAUCGAUUUGAGCAUUAAAUGCGUCUCUUAA